UGCAUUUUUCUGAGAUGGCAUCAAGAGGCUGCAAGCAUCCGGCAGACGCAUUUUGCUAUUUCUAGAUUUGAAGCUUUCGUGACUGCAAGGAUUCAUACUCUUAGUUCUUUCGGUAAAGUCACGUAGGUAAAAAAUGAAAUUAAUAAAAAUAAAACAAUAAAAAUCACGACGUUUCGGAGGCAACACAAGUCUCCGUCAUCAGGUGGGACCGUCACAGCCAGAUUUGCUGCAUUUUAUUGUUUUAUUUUUAUUAAUUUCAUUUUUUACCUACGUCACUUUACCGAAAGAACUAAGAGUAUGCAAUUUUGCUAUGACCGCGGCAAUUUAUCAAGACAAGAGCGUAAAAGUACUCUGUGGAAGCAUCUGCUAAGAUGUGUGAGGCCUACAAGGCAUAUUUUGGCAUGCCUGUCAGGGAUCAAGACAAACCCUGGGCACCUCAUUUCAGCUGCAAGCAAUUAACACAAACUCUGGAAGGAUGGUACAGAGGGGAAAAGAGAGCCAUGAAUUUCACUAUCCCAAGAAUUUGGCGGGAACCCAGUGACCACUCAAGCAACUGCUACUUCUGCAUGGUGGACCCUUCCAGACGUCGGACUGGCAAGAAUGCACCUGCUAUCACGUAUCCGGACCUUCCUUCAUCCAUCGCCCCGCUGCCACACUGCCAAGAACUCCCUGUACCCACUCCUCCAGAGAGAGAGAAGCCGCCUUUAGAAGAGACGAGCAAGUCAGAGAGCGAGGAAGACGUUGUAGAUCCAGAUGACAAUUUCAGAGGUGGAGCUGAGGAGAGAAACCCAUACUUCCCCAACCAAAAAGACCUCAACGACUUGAUCAGAGAUCUUGGUCUCACAAAGUCCAAUGCUGAGCUUUUGACGUUGAGGCUCAAGCAGUGGAACUUGUUGGAUAAAAGUGUGCAAGUCGCAGAUCAGAGGAAGCGUCACCAACAUUUUUGCAGCUUCUUCACCCGUCAAGAUGGGCUCUGCUUCUGCCACAAUGUGACCAGUCUGUUCGAGGCAAUCGGAAUCGCCUGUAACCAGAAUGAGUUGUGCCUCUUCAUUGACAGCUCAUCCAGGAGCCUCAAAGCUGUGCUGCUCCAUAAUGGUAACAAGUACCCAUCUCUUCCCCUGGCUCACUCGGUAAACCUCAAAGAGGAUUACAACAGCAUCAAGACCUUGCUGGACGCCUUGAAGUAUGAUGAGUAUAGCUGGGAGGUCAUCGGAGACUUCAAAAUGGUGGCAUUCCUGAUGGGUCUCCAAGGCGGUUUUACCAAGUUUGCCUGCUAUCUUUGCCUUGGGACAGCAGAGGCACCAAGGUGCACUACCGCAGGUGGGACUGGCCACAGCAGACCGAGUUCUCUGUGUGGAGGAACAACUUCAAGGGGAAGCCACUGGUGGACCCCCGUAAGGAUGUCUGAUGUUUCACUUCACGAGCUGAUAGCAUUUUCAGUUCCUUAAUAAUGAACAAAAUCUCCCAAGAUGCAGGAGACAAACGUGGGACAUGAUGCCUGAAGGAUUGAGAAAAAGUAGCUCCCAGAAUCAAGUGGAAGCUCCAGCACGUGGAACGAGAUGCGUUGGAUCAUCGUGUUGAGCAACGCCUGACACAAACCUUCACGUUUAUAAUAAUUGUCUUACUAGAGGUGGAGGCAAUUCAACAAGUGGAGGAAAUGUAACAUGAACGGUUCGUUGAUCGGUGAUACCUUGAUGUCGGGGAACUGUCCGAGAGCACUCUCUUUUAACCCGGAGCGUAGCAGAGUGCUUUACACGUAAUAAGUGACUUACGUCACAUCUCAAUAAUUUCAAAGGGCACCCCUCGUGGCAGUUGUCCCAGUGCAGCAGAAGAAGACUCGGCACCCGGCCUGCAAGUAGGCAUUCGUCUGCCAGUCGUGAGCAAUGAUUGACCCGCCCACACUGGACAUCUGUGAAAAAGAGCUUCAUAGCUCAUCGGAUUCCCCCAGUCUAAAUAAAGAUUCUGAUUAUGAAGAGGACCUAUGGACUCACCCAGAGUCUCAAAAAGAAACCGAAAUGAAACUCAGAUGUGCUAGCAGUGGCUUCAUCCAUCACCUCUUUCUCCAGCAGGUGGGCACAGGCAUCCCACGUAGCUUCUCAUGAAAAUUGCUGAUGGAAGCACAGCACUUAUGCAUUAUCAUCAUCACCACACAUUGUCUUUGUGUUCCAGUAAUCAAUUAGUCCAUCUGUAGGAGUCAUUAUCACAUGAGGCUGGAAACUACCGAGGAGGAUUUUGUUGCCUCUUCAACCUGGAGCCACGAAGUAUCACUGGUGAUACAAUACGCAUCAAAAGUGGGCCGAUUCGUCAUGCAUUGUCAAUGCCUAUGGCAAUAGACCUCAACCUAGAUCUAAUGACAACUGACAUCUCAAUCGUAUGCAAACCGAGCAUAAAUUUACAUGUAACUCAGGCAAUUUGUUCAUCACAUAUCUCAGUAUUGAUCGGCAUGGGCAUCUACGCAUUAGGGGCUGCAAACAUUCAAUGCACUUCUAACAUUCAAAAUGUAACAAAAAUAAUAAUGCAUGUGCUUCACUACUCAUUCUAAAUAAUGACACAUGGUUAGGUGACGAGGACAGGAAGUUGCAUAGGAAACAAGCAAAAAGGCAUUUUUAUUUCCAUAUUCUCACUUCCAUUGCCAUCACCACCAGCCACAGCCAAGUCUCCCUACCGCGACAACACAUAUAUGAUCCCUGGCACCGCCAUUACCUCCACCUGCUCAAGUCCAGGUUUAAGACCUUCCACCUUCCAUUCUGCUUACGACCGUUUAUCUCUCAGUCUCUCUGUGAACUUUCCUCGCUCACGUGAUUUCUUUUUUGCUCCGUUUUGUUUAACUGCAGCUUCCAACUGCGUUACCCUUCUGUCCCCGAUCCCCUUGAUGCACACACUCCUCCUCCAGCACAGAAUCCCAAAUUGUACUGCACUUCUGUGGUAUGCUCCUCUUCAGCAAAACGGCCACCAAUUCCAAUAACGAAUGCAAGCACACGCACUCAUUAGGUUUCCUCUUUUCGUUUCUCCAUCAUUGCUCCCCCACACGUGUUCACGCUUUUGUGCAUUGCCAUAGCAAUACAAAUUUGGGUUCCCAAUCGUCAACAUUCGUGUGGGGUAAAAACCCCGUGGAUUUGGUCACGAGAAUCCCAAUAAUGUGGGAUUUAUUAGGCUUUGUUUUCUGUAUGGUAGGGGAUAAAGUAUGCGAUUGCUACAAGCUGUGACGUUUUCCUUCAUCUUGGUGUUUAAUUAUGAAACGUGCAAUCCCCCGUGAGCCAAACUACAGGGUGUUUGUCCAUGAAGGUAACAUCCAUCCAUUAUUCAAGAAUUAUAGUUGGACAGAAGUUUAAGCUAGGUCGAUAAAACUACACGUAAACACUUGGUCGUGUGACGAUAUGAUCGUUUGAGUGUUAUCCCUUUAAACCUCCCACGUGUCCACAAUGACGUUGUCAAAUCACAUUGUAUGGAGAUGAGAGACACAGGUGUUUGAAAAUUCAUCAAAUGCUUCUGUUAUGUGCUUUGAAGAGCACUCGUUUGGUUUUAAAAGGUUGAAGCACAUUGUAUAAGGAAAACGAUGCCUGCAUUUCAACCACGCAGUUCAUACCGCUGUACGUUGAUAGUUGUUCAAUAAUGGAUUGCUUUGAUGGGCAAACCACCAUGCAAGCUUGCUUGGGCUACGUUGUCAGCAAAGGACGAUCGGUGCAGCAAUAUCCAUCAUUGUCCUGUCUGUCCUAUGCUUCAACCUCUAUACUCCCACUUUGACCAACCCGCACAGCGUGGGUGGCCCUCUCUUACAGCACUAUACACUAUUGACACAAGGGCUGUAACAUGCACAGGCACAAAAGUGCAUUGAUAUACCUUUACGGACACCCCGUGGACAUGGUACACGCGCAUCUCACCAUGAUGACAGAGAUUAACUCCCCCAGGUUGCUAACAGGGGGCAUUAAAGCAGCUCCGCUUCUGAUGGAACAUAUGGAUUGUAUCCAAAGGGGUCACGUAAGCAAGCGGUGUGAAAAGCAUGCACGUGUAAAAAUAGCAGCAGUUACGUCAGCCGAUUGGAUUCCGUGUGACAUUCAAUCUAUGGCUUCUCAGAUUGGAUUAGUGCAUACCAAGACUAAGAUACGCAAAUAACAUGAACUGACGGCGUAUUUAAUACAAAUAAAUUACAGCGUGUCCUCUUCACUCU